GCGCGGCGGGAGCUGCGAGCGCCCCCUGGUGGCGGGACGGGAGGGAGGGCGGUCCCGCUCCCGCUCCCGUUCCCGCUCCCGGUCUCGGUCCCGGUCCUGGUUCUGCUCCGGUCCCGGUGGUCCCGGAGUGCCGUUCCCCGCGCUGCCGCCAUGAGCUCCGAGACUCUGGUCAAGGACGUCAAGCCCGGCCUCAAGAACCUCAACCUCAUCUUCAUCGUGCUGGAGACGGGCCGGGUGACCAAGACCAAGGACGGCCACGAGGUUCGCACGUGCAAAGUGGCCGACAAGACCGGCAGCAUCAACAUCUCCGUGUGGGACGAUGUGGGCAACCUCAUCCAGCCUGGGGACAUCAUCCGCCUCACCAAGGGCUACGCCUCCGUCUUCAAGGGCUGCCUGACGCUCUACACCGGCCGCGGGGGGGACCUGCAGAAGAUCGGGGAGUUCUGCAUGGUUUACUCCGAGGUGCCCAACUUCAGCGAGCCCAACCCCGAGUACGUGGCGCAGCAGGCGCAGGGCACCCCACCCGACAGCUCGACCCCGGCAGCUCCGCAGCCCCCCCCGGGCCCCCCCGCCGCCCCCCCAGCCCCCGAGAGCCAGAACGGGAACGGGCUGAGCCCGGGGGGCCCCCCCGCGCACCCCCCGCCCGCCGCCCCGCACCCCCCGAGCGGCCGCAUCACCCGCAGCCAGCCCGGCCCCGUCAGCAACGGCAAAGAGACCCGGAGGAGCGGCAAGAGAUAACGGGGACCCCCCCCCGGAACCCCCCCCGGAACCCCCCCAGGACCCCCCGGCACCGCCACCACCGGGGGGUCCCCGGUUCCCCAAGCCCGCGGCGGGGAGGGGCUGCCCGGUGUCCUCCACUCCCCACCGGGGCUGGUCCGGACCCGCCCCCCGGGACCCCCCCCGGGACCCCCCCGGGACCCCCCGGACCCCCUCGGGACGGCCACAACCGGGGGGAUCCCCGGUUUCCACAAGCCCGAAGUUCCCGGUGUCCCCCCGGUGCUGGUCCGGACCCCCCCUCCGGUGCUCGGGGGUCCCGGGGGGGUCCAGCCCGUUCUCCCCCCCGCUCUCGGGAGGGGUUAAUAAAGAACCGAGCUCUG